AUGGUUCUCCGGGAUCCCAUCUUCGAAGCUCGCACAAAUGUGAAGCUACACUCCAACCGGCUCAAAAAGGAAGCUGCCCGCGCCGAAGCCACCUUCAAAUCCGAAAAAGCCAAAGCCGACAAAGCCAUGAAACAGCACGAAUUCCAAAUCGCCCGCAUCCACGCUGGCUCGGCCGUGCGAGAAAAGAAACGCCAAGUAUCGCUCAAAGCCGAAGCCGCGCGGGCAGACGUUAUUAUCAACGAACUCAAAGCCGCCCAGAGCACGCGCGACACUUCGCGCACGCUGGCACUGGCCUCGAGGGGAUUGGAUGCGGCGUCGAAGAGUGUGAACCUGGAGCACUUGCUAGCACAUGCGAAUAAUUUCAUGGCCAGGUCCGAGGAUUUCAAGAUUGCGAGUUCGGCCAUCUCGGAUGUUGCGCAGGGCGUGUCGCAGCAAGAGUACGGCGCGGAGGGGGAGUCGGAGGUGGAUAAGAUGAUGGAGCAGUUGGCAGAUACUGCAGGCGUGGAUAUGCGUCUGGCGCUCGAGUCGGAUGCGGCGCCAAAGGAGGAAGUCAAAGAAGCCUCUGCUGGGAAGCAUGUGGAUGCGGAGGUUGAGGAUGCGCUGGGGGCGAGGCUGCGGGCGCUGCGGGCAGAGGGUUAG